AUGAUCACCCCGGCCGAGAUUCUAGAGCAUUACCAAGUUAUACGGCAGACAUUUGCGCCGCUACGCCUAUCGCGAUGGCAGCUCAUGCGGCUCCUCGCGUCACAGCUCUGGAGAGAGGCCUCUCCCGUCGCCAAGACCGUUGGUGUCGCCGCCGCUCUGCUUCUGUUGGCGUCCAUCGUCGCUUGGAUGACCCGUCCGCCGUCUCUGCGGCGGCUGGGCAUCCCGCCCGCGAUCAAGUCCAAGUCUGGCAGGUUGGACUUCAAGGAGGUUCUAGAAGACACGGCAAGAAUGCGCCCAGACACCCCGUUCUAUCUCAACGCAUUCGGCAUCGAAUACGUCGUUAUGCCGUCCAAAUGCUUUGACGAGGUCAAGCGGCUCCCGGAAAAGAACGCCUCGGGCUUUGCGUAUUUCUAUCAAGUGUUUCAUGGGGCGUGGACAGGCGCCGGCGUGCAAACACCGGAACUCGGCAAGACCAUCGCCGUGGAACUCACCCGCGCCAUACCGUCCCUGGUACAAUGGAGACAGCAAGACUGCGCAGCGGCCUUCAACAUGGCCGUCGGUGCGUGCCCGGACUGGCGCGAGAUCAAACUGUACUCCACGAUGCAGGACAUGGUCGCCUCCGUCAACGCCAGCGCCAUCGUCGGAAGGGAGAUGGGUACGGACCAGAAAUGGAUUCGCGCAGUCGACCGGAUGCCCAUGGGCGUGGCUAUCCCCACCAUCAUCCUGGGCUACCUGCCAGCCUUUCUCCGGCCCAUAACCAAGCCCUUCCUCUUCCUCCCGCUUAAGCUGAUACGAUGGAAGAUCAAGCGCAUGCUGCGGCCAGUUCUCGAGAGGGACAUCCGCGAGUAUGAACGCAGCACUGACAAGAAGGAUCUGCUCGGCCCCAAGGAGCAGGGCAAGGUGCAGCUUACCGGCUGGUUGCUGGCGCGGUACAAGGGCAAGAUGGACUUUGACGCCCUCGUCCAAGACUACAUCACUCUCUCGUUCGAGUCCACGCCUUCGACGGCAUCGACUCUCUUCUUCCUCGUAUGCGAACUGGCCGCCGACCCAACGCUCCAGGACAUGUUGCGCCAGGAGCUUCGGGAACAGACCGAGGACGGCCGUCUGCCCCAGACACACCUCAACGAGCUGCGCAAGAUGGACAGCGUUAUGCGGGAGUCUGCCCGCGUCAACCCGUUCAGUUACCUCGUACUCUACCGCAAGCUCCAGGUACCUACGAAACUUUCCCUGGGCCCCGAGCUGCCUGCUGGCACCAACAUCUGCGUGGACGCUCACCACAUCAACAACUCGCCGACCCUGUGGGACCGCCCGGACGUGUUCGACGGCCUCCGACACUACAGGGCGCGCCAGACGCCGCAGAACGAGAACCGGUUCAAGUUCGCCAACCUGGGGUCCGACGCGCCGGGCUGGGGCGACGGGCUCCAGGCGUGUCCCGGGCGCAUGUUCGCCGACAACACCAUCAAAAUCAUCCUGACGCACCUGCUGCUGCACUAUGACGUGAGGCUAAGACCCGGGGAGGCGAAGCCCAAGAAGGGGGCCAUGCCGAACGGUUCCAUCAUGCCGGAUUUGGGAGCCAGGAUUCUGUUUCGUUCCAGACCGGCGGCUCCCUGGAUGGCCCCCAACGAGAAACGUGUCUAG